AUGGCCGAGGUGUCGAGAGCACAUAUGCAAAAUGAAUUAGCCAUGUUUACUGGUGAAGAAUGUGCACCUUACUCGGAUUUGACUGUAGCAGUCGGACCAGAAGAUGAUCGGGUAACCUAUGCAGUGCAUAAAUAUAAACUUAUCACACAUUCUGAUGUAUUUCGUGCCAUGCUGGAACAUGAUAUGGAGGAGAGCAAGACCAAUACCAUAAUAAUUGAAGAAUUUUCGCACUCUGCUGUAAAAAUCAUGCUGACAUUUAUCUAUACGGGAUCGAUAUCUCCGCCUGAGCUGGAACUCGAGGAUGCUUCGGAUGUAAUGCAAUUAGCAGAAAAGUACAAUAUCCCGGCUCUAAAAACUAUGUGCGAGCAAGAUUUGAUAUCAAGAGUAUGUGCUGCUAACGUUGUUGAUUGUAUGGAACUGGCAGAUUACCACCAAGCGAGUCACUUAUAUGAG